UCCAAUCAUAGUCGAAGAAGCAACCGGUUGAAGCUAACAUUCCCAAGCAAAAGUGAGUGACUGUGCGAUAGACGUUAUUCCGAAUAUUGGUGGUGAAGAAGUGAGUCAAAAAUGAAGCAUGCUUGUAUGGCCUCACUGAUCGUUUCACUGCUUGUGAUUUUCACUGACGCACAAACGUUCCAAUAUUCUCGCGGCUGGACCAAUGGAAAGCGAUCAUCAGGUGAGCCUUCCGCUACCAACCAUGUUUUAGUGCCACACUUCAACGCCGCUUUAGAAAAGCCUAAUGAUAACAGACUGUUGAUUCAACGAAUGCUAAAGUCACCCUGUGACGUUCGGAUAGCGAAUGCGAUGGCUAACCGCAAUAAGGAUCUACGGCAGCAGUUGGCGGAUGAGUCGGACACGAUGACCAUUCUGUACGAUCCCAGCGGUCUGGAUAACGACAGCAGUGAGGAUCUACGUCUGAAGAGGGACAUUCGUCGAACAAUCAGCCACAGUCCAGGCAAAGGAUUCUAAGAAGGAUCCUCUGCAAAGACUCCUGAGCUUUGGGAAUUGGUCGCUGGUGCUUACAGAAGAUACACGUUACCCUAACCCCUGCCAACAUAUUUAUAUUUACUGCAUCCAGAGAGGAAGUUUGAUUCGGUUCCGGCAGUUAUGUUUCUUUUUUGUGACGAUGAAACCGAAACUGUGGUGCGGCCACCUGCCACAACAAUGACAGAAAUAGGGUGAACCGACAGUUGGAAUUCGCGGAGAUUGUUUGUGUGCGGAAACUGUAACGAAAUAUUUCAUGUUUAAUAGGACGUUUUGGUAGUAGAAGUUUACAAAAUGUAAUAUAUAUAUUCAAAUCGAAAAAAAUUAAAAACAAAUGUUGUUCACAAAUUCAAA